AUUUCCAUAUAAAAAGCUGUCAGCCAGUAAACAUCACCUAUCCAAGUUAGAUACACGUAUAUUCGCAACAAACGGAAUAAUGUGGAUUAAUUUAGUUUGCCUUUUAUCAAUAGGAGCAUUCUGUUCAGGAACGCCGUUAGAUGACAAAAUAGCAAUAACUGUAGAUGGUAAUACAUUAAUCAAUCUUCCAGAACCUAUCAAAUUAGUAUGCAAUGUAACAGGUAUUACUGAGGGACAGAUAGACUGGUUCUUUAAUGGCCAUAUGAUAAGUGAACGAGAUCCAAGGUGGAAGUCACGAGUACGCAUAAACGAGUAUGUUACUGACGUACCUGUCAGAAUGCUUGCUAGUGAAUUGACAGUAAAAUAUAGUGUGUUAGAAGAUCAAGGCAUUUAUGUUUGUCGCGGUUUCGCAGUGGACCUGUUUUACACCACAAGUUUGAAAAUAUCUGUUCUAGCAAGUCAUGAUGCAGUUGAAGAAGAAGGGGCUGUUGAGUCUGUCCCUACAAACAACCCAGAUCCAUCAUCAACGGAAGAUGUACAGAUCAAUGAUGUGCAUUUGACGACUAAAAAAUGCAAGACUGCUACGACGAAAAUUAAAUCAGAAGACAUGACUAGAAUGCAAUACGAGGUUCUGGUAGAACAGAAGAAGAAGCUCAUUCAACAAACUAAAUACUACAAACUAAUGAAUCAGAAGUUAAAUUUACGAUUUGGCAUCAAAGACUGAAUAAACU